GAAAUAGAUCUCCGGAUUGGAGCUUCUUUCACACGGUUUCAGACUAUGCUUUUGAGAGAUGCAUUUGUCCUUGAUUUUGCGUCAGAUAACCAAAAUAUUAUUUUAAGUUAUGGUCCUUGCCAGGUCACAAAUGUUGGACAGCAGGAGAGGCUUCACCAUCCCCCCCAUCCUUUAAGUACAUUAGAGCUUGAGAAGCGUGCUUCACGUUACUUCCGAAUGAGCUCAGAACGUACUAUGAAGGUGGCAGAAGAUCUUUACCAAGCUGGAUUUAUCAGUUAUCCUCGUACUGAGACGGAUUGCUUUACUGUGAGAACAGAGCUGCGUACAAUUGUGCAAGAACAGCAAGGACACCCAACAUGGGGCUCAUAUGCCCAACGGUUGCUGGAUCCUGAAGAAAACCUUUGGAGAGAUCCUAGUAAUGGUGGACAUGAUGACAAAGCCCAUCCUCCCAUCCACCCAACAAAGUUUUCUGCUGGAGAAUCUGGGUGGAGUCAAGAUCACAAAAACGUCUAUGAAUUGGUUGUUCGCCAUUUCCUGGCAUGUGUUUCUCAACCAGCUAUAGGAGCUGAAACUACAGUUAAUAUUGACAUUGCUGGUGAACAGUUCUCUGCAUCUGGGAGAGUGAUAAUAGCUAAAAAUUACUUGGAAGUAUAUCGAUUUGAGUCAUGGGGAAAUUCUAUGAUCCCAUCCUACAACACUGGGCAACAGUUUAUUCCGAGCUCAUUGACUCUCGAUUCAGGAGUUACAAGACCCCCACCUCUUCUAAGUGAGGCUGAUUUACUAAGUUGUAUGGAUAAGGCAGGUAUUGGAACCGAUGCAACAAUGCAUGACCACAUAAAAAAGCUUCUUGAUCGUUUUUAUGCCACUAAAGACUCAAGCAUGCGUUUCUCACCUACUAAACUUGGGGAAGCACUCGUAAUGGGAUAUGAUGACAUGGGAUAUGAGCUGUGGAAACCAGAUCUUCGUUCUCAGAUGGAAAGUGAUAUGAAAGCUGUUAGCAUCGGGGCAAAGAGGAAGGAAGAAAUUUUGGAUACUUGCCUACAGAAGAUGAAAACCUGCUUUUUGGAUGCGAAACUGAACAAAGGAAAAUUGUUUGAAGCCAUGGCAAUUUUCUUUGAUAGGUCAAACAGAUCCAGUGGCCAUGAGCAGCACACAAUUGGGGAGGUUGUUCGGAAAUGUAACCUCUGUCAGGAAUCAGAUAUGGUUCUCAGGAAAAAGCCGGAUGGAAAUUUCAUGGUUGGGUGCUUGGGCUUCCCACAAUGUAGAAAUGUUGUCUGGCUUCCAGGGCCCAUAUCAGAAGCCACAGUUACCACAAAUAUUUGCAGCACCUGCUCUCCAGGACCUGUUUACAUGAUUCAGUUCAAAUUUCGUCGGAUCGAAAUACCGCCGAACUACAGUGUUGAUCAUUUGGGCUGCAUUGGUGGAUGUGAUGACAUUCUGAAGCAGCUGGUAGAAGUAUGUGGAACUGGGUCCCGCAGCAACUCCACCAUUCCUGGAAGAGGACAAGGGCCUACACCAUCCUCCAGCAGCGCACGGCAAAGUAAUACCAGAAAUCAAGGUCCUUGGCAAACAGGGCGUUCUUCUGGUUCACAUCCUCCAGAGAAUUCACGAGGUCGUAAUUCACGAUCUCAGGGAGCUGUCUCACAAGAUGGCGCAGGAGAAUCUUCUAUUCCAUGUACCUCCUGUGGUUCACCUUGCAAUUUGCGCACGGCUAAUACUGCAGCUAAUAGAGGAAGGAAGUUCUAUUCAUGUCAGGCUCAGGGUUGCAACUUCUUCAUGUGGGAAGAUAAUGCUGCGAGUGGUAGGGGAGGAGGUAUCAGUAGAGAAGCUCCAAAUGGCAACAGCAGAAGAGGUGGCCGUGGGCGUGGCCGUGGCAGGGGUGGUGGUGGUAACCGAGGGGCGAAUGAUGGUGGGGCUUUUGUGUCUGCUACUGGUGAACCCAUAUCAGGCAGGUGUUUCGUAUGUGGUGAUCCCGGCCACUUUGCAAAUGCUUGCCCGACUCGCGCUUCGAGGCUUCCAAGUCAUCUACUGCUAGUUCAAAGCUUAAUUGAGUACCAGCAGUAA